AUGUCUCUUUGCCAGACUCUCACCGAAUUCUACCCACCUAAACCCACCUUUACUGAUCAAGAUCUUCCAGAUCUUGGGGGCAAAGUCUAUCUCAUCACAGGAGGGACAUCUGGAAUCGGAUUCAUUCUUGCCAAAACCCUCUACGCAAAACAUGCAAAAGUCUACAUCACAUCACGAAGCGCGGCAUCUGGAGAAAAAGCUAUUAGCGAGAUAAAAGAGUCGGCUGCGUCUAGUCGUGGCGAGUUACGCUAUUUGGUAAUGGACCUUGGUGACCUACAAACCGUCGUUCCAGCAGUGAAGAGCUUCCUAGCCCAAGAGACUCUCCUUCACUCAGUGUGGUUCAACGCCGGUGUGAUGAAGGUCCCCAGUGGAAGUAUCACCAAGCAAGGCUACGAGCUUCAGUGGGGGACAAAUGUGGCCCCUAAAGGGAGCGUCAGAGUUGUAUGGGUGAGUAGUGAUGGUCACAGUUUACUGUCUCCGAAAGGGGAUGGUAUCGAUUGGGAAGACAUCACCACUCGAAAACCCGCGGGAUGGAUGGGUGAAAAGGGAUCCAUGACGUAUUACGGGCAAAGCAAAGCUGGAAACGUGCUCCUUGCAAUGGAAGUUGCAAAAAGAUAUGGAAAUCAGGAUAUUAUCGGAGUGUCUUUGAAUCCAGGUCAUCUAAAGACAAAUCUACAGCGUCAUUCUAACUCGGCUUUGGCCAAAAGAUUCGAAGGUCUGGUUCUACACGAUCCAUCUUUUGGCGCUUUGACUGAACUUUACGCGGGGUUCUCUGAUGCAAUUGGAACAGACAAUAACGGGGCCUACAUUAUUCCCUGGGGAAGAGUGGGAAAGAUACGGCAAGACAUUGACGCGGGUUUUCACCAUCGAGGCACAGGUAAAAAACUAUGGGAUAUCCUGGAAAAGGAGACUGGGGAAUAUACAUUGACGGUCUAA